AUGCGCGUUGCCCUUGGUUACUAAACAUGUUUUAACCAAUCAAAGUUGAUAUGCGCAAACCUAGCGAAAAUUCGUCAUAUGAUGAGCAUAAUUUCUCGUUGAACGAAGCUAAAAAAUAUUCAAUACAUGCACGUAACCUUGUUGUGUAAUCCUACAUAUACAUAUAUUAAUAAAUUUUUUGCAUUCACCCUUAAAAAAUUUUGUCGAAGCAUAUGUAUUUUAUACAGGAAACCAGUGAUCGAUUUGCAAUGUGUCUCGCCUAACCUAUUUACCAUAAUAUCUUGUUUGUUUCCGAUAAUAGAAUAAAAUAUCAGAAACAAACAAUUUCAUAUCGAGGGGCAAAUAUUGCGAGCAAAAAAUUUGCUUCGGAAUUAUAUCUUUUGAGACUUGAAGGUCACCAAAGUUUUUAUAAAUACCGCUAUGUAUUUUUAGCAUUAUAACAUAAUAACUGCAGUUAAAACUAAUUUAAUGCCCUUUAAAUAAUUUAAAAUGCAGAAAGCUCAACUUUAGUGACCUACUUACUGUAAACAAAUAUUUUCCCAUAAUAAUUUUAAUUUGAUGUCAUAUAAUUAUGGCAUAAUAUUCAUUUACGAAGUUGGAUAAAAAAAUCGACGCUACUACCGAUUUGAUAAAUCGAAAAAUGCUACGAAAUCGAAAUAUCAUUAAGAUCGAUAAUUUCGAUUAAUCGAUUGUUCAGAAAAAGGUAGUGGAAUAGUAGUGUGCGGUGGUUCACAAGGGUAUUGUGAAUUUCAACUAAUAGAGAAACUAAAGCGAAGUAAAAGUUAAAGAUGAUCGAUCACGUGUGAUUCGAUCAGAAAACAUUAGUAGGAACCCGAUUUUCAUAAAGUAAUGCCAAGUAUAUAGUAACGAAUUCAGCCAAAUGGGUGAAAAACUGCGUCAUCACUGACGGAUUCUCCCGAAACUGGGACAAAGUGCAGUGUACUCUGGCAUUGCGCUUUACCGGAAUCUCACUCCAUGUCCUAGUACCCUCCCCUCUCUUUCUUCACUCUCUCACUCUCUCUUCUUCUUUUUCUAUCUCUCCCUCUCAUUUUCUCUCUUCCUUUUUCUCUUCUCUCCUUCUUCUCUUUCUUGCUCUCAGGCUUGACCAAUCGUCUCGUCAUCCCCGAACCCUGGAUCGAAAUUGACAGGUAAUCAAUAACGAAUGGUGCAGGUUGAACGACAGAGUGUUUGGAGGGUUCGAUACCAUGUCAGAUGGGGUUGAUGCUGGCGGCGGGGAAAACGAGGUAGAUUCCCAUUCCUGUUCUCACACUGAUGUUGGAGAGUCGUCAAACACAAGAGAAGAGGAAAAUUUAGACCCAGACAAUGAGGCAGCCUUAAACACCAAUUAUGAUAGCAGUGAUGGUGCUGUGCCUGCUUUUAGGUGUGAAAGGUGUGAAAACUAUGAGACUAUAAAUAAAACAGCAUUUUGUGCUCAUCAAGACCAAUGUUUGGCUAGUGCUGAGCCAGGGGAAAGUGCAGAAAAUAUAGAAGCCGUUGAAAAUGAUGGGGAUGGAGAAGAAAGUCAUCCUGGAAUUCGUUCUCAUAGAAAAAUGUUUGAAUGUGAUGUUUGCAAUAUGCAGUUCUCAAAUGGAGCUAACAUGAGGCGGCACAAAAUGAGACAUACUGGUGUAAAACCGUAUGAAUGUCGUGUGUGCCAAAAAAGAUUUUUUCGCAAGGAUCAUUUGGCAGAACACUUCACGACUCAUUCUAAAACUCUGCCAUAUCAUUGUCCAAUUUGUAACCGAGGUUUCCAAAGACAAAUUGCGAUGAGAGCCCAUUUUCAGAAUGAACAUGUUGGUCAACAUGACAUGGUUAAAUCUUGCCCUUUGUGCAAUUAUCGUGCAGCAACUAUGAAGUGCCUCAGGUUACACUUUUUUAAUAGACAUGGAAUAGAUUUAGAUAAUCCAGGACCAAACAGUUCAAGUUCAUUAAUGAACAGUUGUACUCCAGGUGAAGCUAUGCCUUCUGCGCCUCUUUCAGACAGUGGAGAUAGUACUGGAAAUCGUUCAGCAGACAAUGCAACGCCGCCAAUGCAUUUUCUGACACCUCACAUAGAAAUAUCAAUUCCUUAUCCGGAACAAACUCCAAAUCAACGAAAUCCAAGUCCUGCUCCGCUAAACGGAGAUAGCCCAAAUAGUCCUCAAAGUGCAGAUAGUAACAGUAAUGCACCAAGUAGUAGUCAUCACCAGUUACCUAUUAACAGUAGUGGCAUUCACAGGAAUCUUAGCGGAAACGAAGAUACGAUUACGCCUUCUAUUUCACUAAUUCCUAUUAAGCAAGAACCAAACAGCAAUGGAACAGAAGAAAACGGAGCAACAUCCAGCAACCUUCCACUACCAUCAUUGAUCAAAGUUUCUCCAUUAAAGUCCCUUCUUCGAGAUGAUUUACGACGCAAACUUUCAUCUGGUUCUGGAAAUAAUAACAACAACAAUAAUAAUGAUUCAAUUCAUUUUGUAAUAGGUAAUAACACUUCAAAUUCAAAUUCCCAUUCAAGAGGAGAACCUCCUAGUUCAACGAGGCCCGAUCAACGAAGCAAUGGGCUUCAAUGUACUCAUUGUAAAAUUACUUUCCCUGAUCAAACACUGUAUUUUCUGCAUAAGGGGUGUCAUAGUGAAAGUAAUCCUUGGAAAUGCAACAUCUGUGGAGAACAAUGUUGCAAUUUGUACCAAUUUAAUUCACAUCUGCUAAGCAAAAGUCAUCAGUAGUAAAAACAAAAAUAACGUUCUUUAUAGAGUCGUAGAAUCUCGAUUAUUUAAAUAUUUAUUAAAUAGUAUAAACGAAUUUAAUAUGAUUCAUAAUAAAGAAUACUAAAAGCUUGAACCAAAAAGAAAUACAUUUUAUAAAGUACAAACAAAAGUAUUUGUAUUUGAACGUUUGGAUCAAUGUUUUUAAUUAUUUAGUAUCUGCGUCGAUAGAUACAUCUCGAUUUAUGUUAAAAAUCAAAUAAUCGAGAUUCGAGGACUGAUAUUGAGAUCUGGAAGAAGUUGUGCCUUCACCAAAAUACCUUUGCCAACAUUCGCAUUCGUCCAAAUCGUGCUAAUUUAUGAUGGUAUGAACAAUCCGUCCAUGGGGCUUUAUUAAAACGUAUUCCAGAAGCUCUAUCUAUAAUUUUAAACCUAGUUGUGUAUACUUAGAUUUAAAACAAAAAAAUAAAAAGUGAAUACCAAU